GUGCAGGAGGAAAUAGGCCGCCUACAAGACGCUGUUACUACGCUUACAAAGCGCAAGACCCGUAAAAGGCGGUAUGUAUCUGACCUGGUUGCUGAAAAGGAGGGUGGUAGUCGUGAGGAGGGCAAGACGCCUGCAAAGAGGGUGCGCGCAGAGAGGCGCUGCGGCCGUUGCAGCGAAAUUGGGCACAACUCCCGCACCUGUAAGGUAGAAAUUGAGGACGUAGAUGAUAGCGACGCUUCUGAAUAA